CAAACACGUACAGAAAUUAUAUUAUUUAAAAUUUUGUAAUAAUCGGCUAUUUAACCGUAUAAAUAAAAUUGAACUCUCACGAUGUCCUUAGAUGUCAGUCUGUCGGUGGCUUCCAAUCCAAAAAAUGUUGAAAAUAGCAGCGUUAAUACUAGUAAAGAUGUCAUCAGUAACCCACUAUCUAAAAAGCUCAGUAAAAUCUUGGAUACCAGACUAGACAAUGAUAAGGACAUGUUAGAGGCUUUGAAAUCAUUGUCGAUAUUUUUCACGGAAAAUAACAUUAGGACUAGGAGAAAUCUGAGAGGUGAUAUAGAAAAGAGGACUUUGAAUAUUAAUGAAGAAUUUAUUGGGGCCUUUGCCGUCGUCAAGGAGCAACUUGACAGCAUCUAUAAGGACGUGGAGGCCAUUAAUGCUUGCUGCCAGGAUAUGAUAUCACGAUUGAAAAAAACAAAAAGUCAAACUCAUGACCUGAUAAGUCAGACAACGACGUUAAAGGCGGAGACGCACAAGUUGCAGUUGAGAAAUCGGCUGGUGGACGCGUUUUUACUGAAGUUUCAGCUGACCGAAGAAGAAAAGCAGGCUCUUAAAACUGGAAGGGAUGGUCAACUGAGAUCCGAUUUCUUUACUGCACUGGUAAGGGUCAAGCAGAUCCACAACGACUGCAAGCUGCUACUGAGGACCAACCACCAGACAGCUGGUUUGGAGAUCAUGGAAUCUAUGGCAUUACAGCAAGAAACAGCAUAUGAAAAGUUGUACAGAUGGACACAGAAUGAAUGUUGCCUGUUGUCAACUGACUCACCUGACAUCAGUCUCAAACUUAGCCAGGCCAUUGCCGCCUUGUAUGACAGGCCCGUGCUAUUCAAAUACUCCAUUGACGAGUUCGGCAACGCGCGUCGUGCCGCUGUCGUCCGGAACUUCAUCGACGCUCUGACGAGGGGCGGUCCUGGCGGCAACCCUCGACCAAUAGAAUUGCACAGCCAUGACCCACUUAGAUAUCUAGGUGACAUGCUGGCAUGGAUUCACCAGUCGACCGCUUCUGAAAAAGAACAUGCCCAAGCCCUGCUCAAAAACUGCCAGAUGAUUGAUAAUGCAAUAGAAGAUAUCCUGAUGCAUAUUACAGAAGGACCACUCAUUCAAUCAAUCAUUAAUUCAAUCCAGGUAAGAAUUGAACAGGUGUUAACUUCAGAACCAGGCCCCAUACUUUUAUACAAGUUGUCAAAUCUCCUGCAAUUUUAUAUUUCUACUAUUAGCCAGAUGAUGCCGAGCACGUGCGUUCUGGUGCACACGCUGGACGAGAUGUUCCAGCUGAGUAGGAAGGUCUUCUUCAGCAGUCUCUCCUUCGCUGCUAACAAGCUCAUUGAUAAGGUUGUGGAGCAGCCGCCGGCCGACCUCACUCCCACUGACUCCAUCCAGAAGGUCCUCGCCCUCCUUCAAGGAAUUCUCUCCUCCAAUGAAUCAUCAGUGGCCAGUGCAGACGAGAAGAGGGGUGUCUUUCUGCAGAUCUUAACUUACAUGGUGGAGCCCCUCGUUCAGGCCUGCUCACUUUCGGCCAGUCAGCUACCCCCAGUGGACAUGGCUACUUACAUGGUCAACAGCUUGCACGUCAUUCAAUGUGUUGUCGCUCUCUACGAGUUUACUGACCAGAGAUUGGAGAUGUUGCAAGCACAGAUUGAUGCCCAUAUGGACACCCUAGUAAACGAGCAUGCAUCGUUAAUUCUCCACCAUUGCGGCCUUACUUCUCUCUGUACAUCUCUACAACUUUAUGCUAGGAGUGAAGAGCCCCUAUCGAAGAUGUCUGGAAUGGAUGUUGCUUCUGUGAAGGCAGCUAUGGCAAAACUGGAUGGUUUCCUGUCAAAUCCCGACCCUACGACCAUGGGGCAAUGCAACAGAGUUCAAAGUUCAAAGUUCAGGGAUCAGAUAAAGCGCCGAACGACAGAACUAAUUUGCAUGGCUUACUCCCAACUCUACUCUGCCAUUUCCGAUCCUAAAAAUCAGUACCCCAGCAUUACUUCGAUUGCCCCCAUUGAACCUGGCCAAGUGGCCAGACUUUUAUCGUGAAUUGAUGUGCAUUUGUGUGUGUGUGUCUGUGUGUGUGUGUGUGUUGUGUGUGUUUGUUUGUUUGAACGUUGUUGUUGUUCGCUAUCACAAUGAAAACAUUCCUUACAUUGUUGGUUAUUAUAAUAACUAUUGUUUACUUGUUCUUGAGUUUUAGGAAUAAAUUAUUGUAAUUAUAAGUGCGUACACUUGUAACUGGUUUAUGACUGAUUAGUAAUUGUUGUUUAAUCAUAUUAGAAUACAUGUCUGGUUAAUUAACACUGUGUUGGUUGAAAUAUUCAUAAAAUUUUGUAUUUCUACGUAUUUUCAGUUACUUUUGCAUGAAAUAAAAAUUCAGUUUAGUGUAAA